AUCAUUUCUCAAACAGUACCCCAAAUUCCCACAGUUAAAAACACGUUACAACCAUUCCCAUUACUUGUGCGGAGAAGCAACUAACAAACAGCUGGUGGGGUUAAAUGGAUACCUUGUUUAGGCUAGUCAAUUUUCAAUACCAACACCAACCUGAUCCAUCUCUCAACUCCACCACCAGCAUAACAUCCAGCAGCUCCAGAUCCUCCAGACAAAACUACCCCUAUUACCAGCAACAUCAAGACCAAGAAGAAGAAGAAGAAUGCUUCAACUUUUACAUGGAUGAAGAAGACCUAUCCUCCUCUUCUUCCAAACACUUCUACCCUAACUACCAUCAUGUAUCCACUACUCCUAAUUACACAACCACCCUCACCCCCACCCCCGCCACCACCACCGACUACUCCUACCAACCAGCCACCACUGACUACAACCUCGACUUCUCCAGCACGUGGGCGCCCAACCUCCUCCUUGAAACGGCACGCGCCAUCGCCGACAAGAACAGCAGCAACCGCGUCCAACACCUCAUGUGGAUGCUGAACGAGCUGAGCUCCCCUUAUGGCGACACCGAUCAGAAGCUCGCUGCAUACUUCCUCCAAGCCUUGUUCAGCCGCAUCACCGAAGCAGGAAGCCGAACCUACCGGACCUUAGCCUCAACCUCAGAGAAGACAUGCUCCUUCGAGUCCACGAGAAAGAUGUUGCUCAAGUUCCAAGAGGUCAGCCCUUGGACGACGUUCGGCCACGUGGCGUCCAACGGUGCCAUCUUGGAAGCCUUGGAAGGCAACUCCAAGCUCCACAUAGUGGACAUCAGCAACACGUACUGCACCCAGUGGCCAACGCUUUUAGAAGCAUUGGCCACUCGCAGCGAUGACACCCCGCACCUGAGGUUAACCACCGUUGUCAACGGCGGUGGUGGCUCAGUUCAUCGGGUGAUGAAGGAAAUAGGGACAAGAAUGGAGAGGUUCGCUAGGCUCAUGGGUGUUCCCUUCAAGUUCCACAUCAUUCACCAUGAUGGUGAUCUUUCAAACCUCAACUUCUCUCAACUUGACAUCAAAGAAGACGAGGCUUUGGCUAUUAACUGCGUUAACUCCUUGCAUUCCAUAACUCCCACCGGAAGCCACCGCGACGGGGUGAUAUCUUUGCUCCGAGGGCUGCAGCCGAGGGUGUUGACGGUGGUGGAGGAGGAAGCUGAUUUCAACGCGGGUUUGGAUUUCGUGGAGGGGUUUGCGGAGUGUGUGCGGUGGUUUAGGGUUUACUUUGAAGCCCUAGAUGAGAGCUUUGCGAGGACAAGCGGUGAGAGGCUGAUGCUGGAGCGUGCGGCGGGGAGGGCGAUCAUGGAGCUGGUGGCUUGCGAUGCGGCCGGGUCGGUGGAGCGGAGGGAGACGGCGGCACGGUGGGCGGGGAGGAUGCGUGGGGCGGGGUUUGGCGAGGCGGCGUUUAGCGAGGAGGUUUGCGACGAUGUGAGGGCGUUGUUGAGGAGGUACAAGGAAGGGUGGUCGAUGGGGCAGUGCUCCGGCGACGGCGGGAUGUUCUUGUCGUGGAAGGAGCAGCCGGUGGUGUGGGCCAGUGCAUGGAGGCCAUGACGUAGAGCAUAAGAGCCUCUACUUUGGCUUUGACGUGAUGAGUGACUCGCACGUGUUCUUGGUUUUUUUGGCACGUGCGUAUGGAUUGGAUGUUUAUCUUUUUUUUGUUUUUUGUUCCUCUAAUUGAAAUAUAUAAGUUUGGAUAAACAAGGGAUUAAAGGGCAUUUGCUUGUAUUGAAAAGGAAUGAAGUAAUUAAUUAUUUUUUGUUGACA